AUGACUAUUCAUCUAUUGUAUUUUCAUGAAAUAGAGGAAAACAUAUUUAUGGAAAGAAAGUGGUUCAAUUCAAUGCUGUUUAAUAGGGAUUUAGAAUAUAGGUGUGGUUUAAGUAAAUCAAUAUAUAAUUUUGAUCCUAUUGAAAAUAACGGUGUAAAUGAAGACCCAUCUAUUUUAACUGAUGACCCAUCUAUUUUAACUGAUGUGGAUAAUGACAUUCAUAGUUGGAAGAACAAUAGUGAAAAUGAUAGUUACAGCCAUGGUGAUUAUUUAGUAGAUGUCAGCAACAUACAAAAUUUCCUAUCUGAUAAAACUUUUUUAGUUAGGGAUAGUAAUAGGAAUAGUUAUUCCAUAGAUUUUGCUAUUGAAAAUCAAAUUUUGGAGAUUGACAAUAAUCAUUCUUUUUUUAAUGAACCAGAAAGUUUUUUUGCUAGUUAUCAAAAUUAUAGUUAUUUGACAAAUGUCUCUAAGAGUAAUGAUCCUAAUUACAUAGAUGAUACUCAAUGUAAUUGGAUUAAGAACAUUAAUAGUUGGAUUGAGAGUUAUCUUCGUUAUCAAAUUUGUAUUGCUAGUUACAUUUUAGAUGAUAGUAACAACUACAAUGCCAAUAUCAGUGACUUAAAUAGUUACAUUUUAGAUGAUAGUGACAACUACAAUGUCAAUAUCAGUGACUUGAAUAGUUACAUUUUAGAUGAUAGUGACAACUACAAUGCCAAUAUCAGUGACUUGAAUAGUUACAUUUCCGAUGAUACAAAUGAUAGUGAUUUGUAUCAAAUAGAAAAUUCUAAUGAUACAAAUGAUAGUGAUUUGUAUCAAAUAGAAUUUUCUAAUGAUACAAAUGAUAGUGAUUUUACUCCAAUAGAAAAUUCUAAUGAUACAAAUGAUAGUGAUUUUACUCCAAUAGAAUAUUCUAAUGAUACAAAUAAUAGUAAAUUUACUCCAAUACAAUAA